CUGCAUUCGUCGUUUGAAGGGUUAAUAAUCAGCUGCGAAACUUGAGCGAAAAGGCUGAAACCAAAGAUCCGAAACCUUACGAGCGACAAAACGACGUGACCUGACGUUUGAAGCCUUUCUUCUGCGCGCCUUUUUGUUACAUUCUUUCCUUCUUUUCGCUGUUGAAAAAGAAAGCUUGUUUUCCUACUUGCUGACUUUGGACGAAUAAAGCCGACGAAGCUUUUCCCCGCAUCGCCGUUGCGCGUUUGACUUGGAGCGGCAAAUCGGACGGCAAAACAAAGACAAGAGACCGGAAGGACGAGAUUACCUGAAGAAUUACGCAACUCGAUACCGACCGACUCAAUAUACAGAGGGGGAAAGGAGUGACGAAAUAAGAGAAACUUCUGGGGGCUUCAUCUGCUCUUGACGCCCGCAAACAAACUAUACCUUUUCCGAGGCCAUCACACAAAAGAAUCCAUCGCAGCCAUGUCAUCCUUCUUCGUCGAGCUCUGGGAGGGCAUCUUCACGCCCGGCCCGACUCCCACCAUCCUCAAGGCCACAAACGUCAGCUUUGCCGCUUUACAGGUCGUCCUGCUGUCGCUCCUGUACGCCACGUACAGCGUGCACUUUGUGGUGCUGUCGGCGCUGUGCGGCGGGCUGUGGUGGUCGAUCAACUGGUUCGCGCGGGAGCUCAAGAUUGCGCAGGCUGCCGAGGCGGAGCGGAAGAAGAGGGAAGAGGAGAAGAAGAAGUUGCAGGGCGAUGGGUCCGGGUCGAGCGAUACCGAGGUGGAGGGCAAAGUUGCGAGGCGGACGACGAGGAGCAGUAAGAAGAGCGGCGGGCCUGGGCCUGCUGCUGCUGCUGCUGCUGCUGCGGUGAAGGCGGAUGCUGAGCCUUUGGAGAGUAGGGGUGAGGUGAAGCAGAGGGCGGUGCUGGAGCCGCAGUCGAGUGCGAGUACGGAGGAUGAGUGGGAGAGGGUUUCGGAGAGUGAGAGGUAGGGAGAGAUGUGGUGAUGGAGAAGGGUUAUGGUGAGCUGGACUGUGAAAGAGGCUCUGUGAAAUACGAGGUUUAGCUAGUUAUCAAAGAAGUGUAUAUACAUGUGUGUUUGAUAUGUGGCGUGAGAUGGUGGAGACAAGAUAAAUAUCGUUCUCUCGAGUGUCUAUCCACUUGACGUAUUUGUAGGAC